CUUAGCGCGAAUCACUUAUCAGUGCUCUUAUAAUCUGUUUUCUAUCUUUUUUAAUUAAUAUUGAAGAUGAAACUACUCGCUCUCAUUUUGGCCUUAUCUUGCGUCAUUGCAUGUACAGUUGCCCAGAACAGAGAACAACGCAAAAUUGAUUUGAAUACUGUAAAGAAGUAUAUACCUAUAUUCAAUGCCGACGCAAUAUUGAAAUUUAUACUUUUCGGCCAAAAAUUUAUGGUCGGCGCUUCCAGCAAAUAUAACGUUCCCGCAUCUGAAACACAACCUAAUUCCGAAUCGAAUAAUCUAUUAAACGAGGACAAUUCUCCAAGCGUCAGCUCAAGUCAAGUUCUUCCUCUCUCAUCAAAUUUUCGCUGGAGAAGAAAAGCAGUUGAACCCUUCCGCAUCGAAGCACAAUAUAUUCAGCAGAAAUGAUUUUCAUAAUUUUCCGAAUCUUCAGUAAAAUAUAAAUAAAAAGCUCAUAAAAAGGUCCUUGCUCAUCUUUCAACCUGUAGAAAACACUAAUUGAUUUGUGAGGUUGAAUCGAAUCGAAUCUUUGAUAUGUUCGAAAACGAAUCGAAAUUAAAAUUUGUACAUCGAAUCGAAUCUUUUUGAUUCAAAAAUGAAUCGAAUUCGAAUUAAAUUUGUCCGAAUUUACAUUAAAAGCUAAAUUAAAAAUAAUAAAAUAUU